AUGAAGAUAAACUCCGACGCCUCCAACUGUGCCGAAGAAACGGAUAGCACUUCGGCUGAUCGUUCUCCGUUUAACUCCGGCGGAGAACGACUUCGUACUCGCCACUCUGCCAGGGUCAGCGAUUCCGCGCCUUUGAAGGAGGACCAACCUGGUCCUGAGUGCUUGACCAUCAACAGGCACGAAGACAACUCUGAGGAUACUCCGACAAUGGGCAUGAAAUACCGAGCUCCUGAUGUUACCGAUGGCCCUAUGCAACUCUCCCAUCAGGCGACCAACGACGACAAUGUUUCUGAUCUAUGCAGCAUGAUUCGGACUCACAACUCCCCAACAGCCAAGCGAUCAAACGAUGCACCGGCGACGCCCAAGGCGCCUAUCACGGCAAGAAAUGAUGGUUUUGACUUCGACUCUUCACUGCUGACUUCGGAUUCAAACUCGCCAUCGAAGCGAGCGACGUUCAACGAGUGUGUCGAGGUUCGCACGUCUCCGACAUACUGGCAACGGGAACAUUGUGAAGGCGAUGGCCACUAUGCUCACUUCCGACACGAGCAUUACCACGAGGAGCUCCGCGAGGGACAGAAGGCGAUUCCACUCAAGGACCCUCUGAAAGACCCCGACGGUCACAGCGCAAGACAGAUUCGCAUGCCCCGUUUCAGUGUCGACGAGGAAAGCUUUAACUCUUGGAGCGUUCCUGGCGCUGGCUUGGAUGCUUUUACAGCUUCGGAUUUUGGGUCUAGUUCUUUCCCAGACACCUCGGGAGGCAAUCAGUCCUGCUCCAGCACCGCGUACGUUCUGGAAGGAUAUAAUUCAGCUGAUGAUUCGGUAUUCCGUAACGGUGCUCGUGGCUCCGGUAAGGCGCGAUCGAACCCGUGCAAUCGACCGUAUCAGUCACGCAAUGGCAACGAUUCUUCCUGCGGCCAAGGCAAGGAGAACCAGCCCUGUCCCGCAAACCCCAUUGCUCCAGAGAGACCGUAUACGUCUUUUGGCUCUCCCGAUGGCCGUCGAAGUCCUGAGAAGAACCGUUGGACCAACCGGCACCCGCAACACAACGCCUCACGUAGCGAACAGCGCGACGGUCCAUGUGCCGGCCAUGCUGGUUCCUCAUGGGGUCCUGAAGAUUCUAACUCGUACCAUGCCUCUCAGUCAGCCCGUUCAGAUGGAUACCCCGGCAUGUACAGCGACCCAUUUCGAGACUACCAGGCUCACAAGUAUACCACCUUCAUCGAUGAAGUUUCUCCCAAGGAUCAAAGAGUUUUCUCGGGUGAUCAAAACUUCCAUCAGAGCAGUUUUAACCAUCAGUGUACUCAACCACACCAACAAACUUCGUCCAAGCAUUGGGAUUACAACGAUACGAGAGACUUCAAUAUCCAAGAGGGCUUCAAAGAGCCCCGAUCUCGAUCAUACCACAGCUUUCCUGGCCAUUCGGCGGGUCAAGAAUCAAACUCUGAGUAUCACAUUUCGAACGAUACCGACGUCCCUCUUGAGUUUUCGAACACGUCCAACGACCCAAUCCAAAAGCCCAUGCCCAAGCUUCCUUUCGUUGGUUUUGCCAUGGAGAUUCCGGACGACAUGUCCGACAGUGACGUCCACAACUUGCUCAUCCCUGGCUGCGAUGACUACGUUCCCUGGCACGGGUUGAGCUCGACUUGA